GGCCAAGACUGGGUAGUGGCCUUCCAUAAUCGAAGCGCGCACGCCACCACCGCGACGCAAAAAUGGCCGCUGCCGUGGUCUUCGAGGGCGCGACGGGCAUCCCCAAGCAGCCCGGCGUCACGCACCCCACGCCGGGCCUGCUCCAUCAGAUGACGAGCACGCCCUGGUUGGUCGACAAGCUGAGACCGCGCCGGAUCGGCACGCUGCUCGUCUACGUGCGCCUGCCGAGCGGCCAGCUGUCGUCCUACAAGGUCGAGUCCAAGGACACCGUCGCGUCGCUGAAGAAGAAGGUCGCGGCGACGGCGGUCGCGCGCGCGCUCGAAGAAGAACCGGCGACGGAGGCGCUGCUCUACAUGGGCCGCGAGUUGGGUGAUGACGAGACCUUCGAGGCGGCGCUCGUCGCGGACCGGGCCAUGUUGGUCAGACCGGGCCGCGCGCGCGCGUCCGCGGACGAUUUGAAGGCAUUUGUAUCGUCCCGUGCGGAAAUCAAAUUUCGCGGCGCCUUUGUUGCCGCAACAGCGCGUUGACCUCCACGCCAUCGACGCGACGUCUCCUCGAUGGCGUCGAGAAAUGGACGCCGCGCGCAACCGUUGAUGAGGAACUUGGUCGUGCCCGUGGCGUAGAUCAAUUUCUCCUCGCCUGUGUGGAAAUCAAGAGUUCACGGCGCCUCGUGCUGAAUCGUCGCGUCCACCUCCACGCCAUCGACGCGCCGCCUGCUCGAUGGCGUCCACAUAGGUCAAGACGACCAAGGCGCCCUCGACGGACACGCUAUACGAGCGCAUCAAGCGCGAGCCGAAGCGCGGCCUCGACCUCGACUACGACGUCCGGUCCUGGCCUGUGCGGAAAUCAAAAUUUUACUGCGCGUUCGUGCUGAAUCAUCGCGUCGUCCUCCACGCCGUCGACGCGAUGCCUGCUCGAUGGCGUGGCAAUGCCGGUUCUUAUCCGCUCGACCGAGCCAGGUCGGCCGCGUCAUCGCGGAGAAAUGACUUAGUGAAGAAUUAUCGGGUGCACCCGACGCACUGGUUGAUUUCCACACAGGUCCUGGCACUACCUCUACAAGCCCUACGCCCUGUACAAGCAGCCCGUCGACGGCGUCUCCCAAUACCAGAGCGCCGAGUACGAGCUCACGGGCGACCAGGCCUGGCGCCGCGACUACUACUACGACGGCCCGGGCGACCAGGCCGUCGUGAACAACGCCUACGCCAUGGAGCACGCGUGCGAGGAGACGGAGUGAUGAGUACACCGCCCGCCCGCGUAAGUGUAGGGUUUCUUGAAA